UUGAAGUAGAUUCGUCUCUUGUCUCUGAGAUAAUAUGCGCUGUUAAUGCAGCAUUAGAAAACUCAGUCAGUUUUUUUACUUUCACUUUCUGUAUGACUGAAGUUAAGACGUUCACCGGCAUAACUAUUGCGCAAAGUUUGCACGUUGCUUGUGUGAUAUCCAUUGGCUCGCCUUCUAAUAUAAACUACAUGAAUACAUGAAAGAGGAAUCAAUUCGGUAUGCCGCACUGUCUGAAACACGUCUCUAUGCUUGUGCGCGCUUCGGGUGUGCGCGAGUACAGCGCGCAAGUAACGAAUUGAGUUCUGUUUCGUUUCUUCUUGUGGUUUCAAAUAGAUUGAACGUGUAAAUUGGCAAAUUAAUCUGCGAAUCACAUGCCGAACGGUGGGGUCUGGACCUGGUCCGUAUAUCACGGAUCAACUGCGAUCCGUUUAAGCCAUAUGACAGAUCAGAGCAAUCUUUUAUUUACUAAUUUAACCAUCGUCAAAUUGCUACUCGAUAUCAAUCGCAUACAACGAAAAUAAAGAGUAAUUAGAAAAAUCAUUUAUGCACAAUAAAUAACAGAGCGUCAUAUCUAUACACAUUUUCCCCAGAACUUUCUCGCGACCCGGUAGGAAUUCUUCCACGGCCCGGUAGUGGGUCGCGACCCGGUGGUUGAGGACCUCUGAUCUAGAUAGCUUGGAGAAUCUUCUUCAUAUGAAUGCGAUCGGACACUGGAGUGUUGUGAGGUGUGUGUUUAUGUAGCAGUCUUGAUGAGGGUGCUCAUGAGGUGCAGGUGUGUUCAAUCAGAAAUCAGGUUUCAUAGUGUUUCCGCUCACAGUACGAGAUGUUUGAAUGAUCACAGUAUAGAAGAUAAUCAUCUGGAUCAGACGAUGAGGAUCAUACAGCUUCACAUCUAUCUGUUGAUGUGGUCUCAAGCCACGGAGAGUGUAACAAACACAGCAGUAACUUUAGGAGCUGAUGUGAAUAUAAGCUGUGAUCUUGAUAUAAAGGAGAUUUACUGGUACAGACACAAAUCACCAGAUCCUCCAGUGUUCAUCUUACGCACUUACAGCAGCACAUAUGAAGGAGCUGAAUAUGAAAACAGCAUCUUCAAACUCAAAUACUCGGUGAAAACUAACAGCCAUCUGUUCAUCAGAAAUAUCAGCACUGAUGAAUUAGGCGUUUAUUAUUGUGUCAAAACUAGUGAACCACAAAAAUUCAGCAACGGCACCAAAAUCUACAUCAACGACUCUGUCCAGAAGAAUCAGACUUCAGGAUCAGAGUCACAUGAUGCUCCACAAGACCAGAAAUCAUGGAUAAAUCUGACCAUCAUCAUCAUCAUCAUCAUCAUCAUCACUGCUUCUGUCAGCAUUGCUGUAAUAGGUUUGAUAAAGAGCUGCACAAACUCAAGCAGAGGAGGUAAAGAAAGCUUCGGGAGAGACGUGAAAGAGUCGCAGUUUGCUGAAGCUGUUUUGUUGAAGCAUCUCAGUGGCAGCAGAUCUUGUCAAACCGUGUGCAGCUUCUCUCUUCUUCAGUCAAUAACAGAUGAAGGAGCUUCAGAAGAGACAGAGAAUCUGAAGGAUUUCUGAGAAAUGUUUUAGAUUUAAAUAAACCAUAUUUUGAAUGUCA